UGUUAGGCGCUUAAUGAACAACUACUUGACACACAGCGGACCCCUAUCCCGUGCAGGAACUUCAGCUUCCAGCGUCGGGUUAAGCAAUGUCCUCACUGAUGACUUGGCCAAGAAAGAGCGCCUCCAACAGAGGCAUUACGCGCUGUUCAGUGAGCUCCAGCAAAUGGCCAAAGAUGUGCCCCUAAACUGUCAGCAGCGGCUUCCAUAUGAACUUUUAUCAAGCCUCGCCAACUCUCUGCUGGACGGCACUGUCUUCGACAUUGUCCGUGGCCUUAAGGACAUCCAGAUGAUGGAAGAACAGAGCCUGAUGGAGACGCGCAGGACCGUUGUGAAGUCACAAGCAGAGACCAAAGCUGAGUUGAUCAGGCGCCAAAAAGAACAAAGGGAAGCACUCCUCUCGAGUGGAGCGCAGAGCGUUGAUUUCAUUGACAUGGCACAGGAAAAAGAAACCAAGGCACUGGACCAGAUGCACAAGGAAGAGCUCAUUCGUGUCGAUAUGAAGAUCAUCACCCAGCUGGACCAACUAGUCAGCGAACAGCAAGUCGUUUUGGAAAAGGCUGGUGUUCCAGGCUUCUUUGUCACUAACAGCCCCAUGGAGAUAUCUAUCCAGAUGCAACUGCUGAAGUUUAUUGCAAGGCUGGCUGAUUCUACUCUUUUCACGUCACCUCUUUAGAAAUCAUCACGGUGGUUGUUCCACAUCAUAUCAUUUUGGUUUUCCAUAAAGGUUACUUUUUUUUUUUCUGUGUUCACAUACUGAGUCACCAAAGAGUGCCUUUGUAUAUAUGAUGUAAUAAAUGUCAU